UUUUCAUUUAGGUUUAGCUGCUUCUAAUUGUGUCACGAUUUGGGAGUCAUUUCUCCCGCGUACAGGUACAACUUCCAGAGCUCGAAACUAGGUAUCCACCACGGUGAUGGAGGAGAAUGGCUACGUGGAUGUUGAGCAACAGCAAGGGAAAAAGAAGCAUAAGGGCAAGCACGACAAGCCGAAGCCAUGGGAUGAAGAUCCUAAUAUUGACCGCUGGAAAGUCGACAAGUUUGAUCCCUCCUGGAAUGAAGGUGGCAUGCUCGAAGUCAGCUCCUUCUCUACUCUGUUUCCCGAGUACAGAGAAAAGUAUUUGCAAGAAGCAUGGCCGAUUGUUAAGUCUGCGUUGAAAGAGUUUCGUGUUGCCUGUGAGCUGAAUCUGGUUGAAGGAUCAAUGACGGUUUCAACAACCAGGAAGACUAGGGAUCCAUAUAUUAUUGUCAAGGCAAGGGAUCUUAUCAAACUCUUGUCAAGAAGCGUACCUGCUCCUCAGGCAAUUAAAAUACUGGACGAUGAAAUGCAAUGUGAUAUCAUUAAGAUUGGGAAUUUGGUAGGCAAGAAGGAUCGAAUGGUUAAAAGAAGGCAACAUCUUGUGGGCCCAAAUUCAUCAACUUUAAAGGCGCUUGAAAUAUUGACAGGAUGCUAUAUUCUUGUUCAGGGCAAUACAGUUGCUGCAAUGGGUUCAUUCAAAGGUUUAAAGCAAGUCAGGAGGAUAGUGGAAGACUGUAUGCUGAAUAAAAUGCAUCCUGUAUACAAUAUUAAGAUUCUCAUGAUGAAGAAAGAGCUUGCUAAUGAUCCAGCACUCGCAAAUGAAAAUUGGGAUAGGUUUCUUCCAAAAUUCAAGAGGAAAACUGUUAAACAAAAGAAGGCCAAGAGUAAAGAGAAGAAGCCGUAUACACCUUUUCCUCCUCCUCAGCAACCUAGCAAGAUUGAUAUACAAUUGGAAACUGGAGAAUACUUUUUAAGUGACAAAAAGAAGUCAGCAAAGAAAUGGCAGGAGAAGCAGGAGAAGCAGGCAGAAAAAACUGCUGAGAACAAGAGAAAAAGAGAAGCUGCCUUUGUUCCUCCUAAGGAGCCUCCGAAGCAGGAUACCAAAUCUGAUGGGGAUAACAACGAUAUAGCCACAAUGGCAAAGGCCCUGAAGGAAAAGGCGAAGGCAUUAGGGAAACGAAAAGCUGCGGAAACUAUCAAUGCGGAAUCUUAUAUUGCCUCAUCUAGCAAUCAGCCGCAUUUCAAAAAGAAAUCCAAGACUUAAUCGAUCGUAGAAGUUAGCAAGUACAUUGUGAGGGGCACUUCAUCCCUUGUGGACGGGAGCCCCUAAUUUUUCUAAAAUUACGAAAGCUUCAAGUUUUGUGUAUGACUUCAUAUUUGUUAGAUCUCGGAUCACAGAUUAGUAUUGAUGAGAAAAGCUGGAGCCCUAUCAUUUACCGUGUCUCGUCCUUUUUCCAGUUUUCUUUUGAUUUUCCUUUUGUAGGUUUCUGAGUUCAUUGCUAAUUUGCUAGACAGCUCUCUUCGCCCUCUAAAUGAGAUGAGCCAUGAACUUUAGGCAGGAUAUGAACUUGUCACU